AGGAAGAGAUGGUGGUGUGAAUUUUCGCUACACAACAAGAGCGUUGAAGUAUGGAUCGGUACUUACGGAGAUACUUGGUUGUCGUAAUUUUUGUGAUCCUCAGUUUACAAACAUUUGGUCGUUCAGAGUCGGCAGAAGUCGAAGAGCUGACCUGCUCACCAGACAGCUUCCGUUGUAGCAACGGUCAUUGUAUACCUCGAAGAUGGGUGUGUGAUUAUCAGAAAGACUGCGAGGAUGAAGAUGAUGAACACCAGUCAUGUCCUCCACCUCAGUGCAAUGCUAACCAGUUUUCUUGUGGACAAUAUGUGUUCAACCAGUCAUACUGUAUUCCAAGACACUGGCGCUGUGAUAGGGUUGUGGACUGUGUAGAUGGAACAGAUGAAGGGGGAACAUGCAAUUAUAGGCAGUGCCUUCUAGAUGAUCACAAGUGUAGCAGCGGGUUGUGUAUUCCAAGCAAUAAAAAAUGUGAUGGCUACCAUGAUUGUCGAGAUGAAAGUGAUGAGAAAGGGUGUCACCACAAUGAAACAGCGUGUGUUUUGGAUGAAUUCCGAUGUGCUAAUGGUGCCAGCUGUAUAGAUUUGAGCAAGAAAUGUGAUCACUGGGAUGACUGUGGAGAUAAUUCUGAUGAACAGAAAUGUGAUUUUCCAGCAUGUCACAGUGAUCAGUUCAGGUGUAGUAAUGGCAUUUGUAUACCAUCCAACUGGCAUUGUGAUGGACAUACAGAUUGUACAGAUCAAUCUGAUGAAAAAAACUGCACUUUGAUUACCUGUGCCGAAACAAAAUUUUUGUGCCUAUCAGAGAAAAAGUGUAUUGAUAAAAGAAAACUUUGUGAUGGGAUUCAAGACUGUGAUGAUGGGGCUGAUGAAAGAGAAGCAUGCUCAACCAGCCUGUGUCCCUCCUUGUCGUGUGAAUAUGGAUGCCGGGCAUCUUUAGAAGGUGGAGAGUGUUACUGUAAAACUGGAAUGCAGGUCAAUCCAAGUGACAGAAGAAGUUGUAUAGAUCUCGACGAAUGUUCCCAGUGGGGUUACUGUGAUCAACUUUGUGUCAAUAUUCCUGGUAGUUUUGAAUGUUCAUGUGCAGCUGGAUACAAGCUUGUUCCUCCUAGACACUGUCGUGCAGAGAACAGUACACAGAUGAGGCUACUAUUCACACAUCACAGUGCUGUAUACAGAAGUGAUGCACAAGGGUUGAACCUGGAAAUUAUUACUAACACCACAGCAGCUAGUGGAUUAGACUUCCAUUACAAUAAAGGUCUUAUCUUUUGGUCUGAUACAGAAACUAGAAAGGUCUACAAGUUACGAGCUAGUGAUAUGAAGCAGUCUGGAGAACUCAGUGUCCCAUUUCCUUGGAGUCCUGUCUGCCUGGCUGUAGACUGGGUGGCAAAUAAGCUUUACAUAUGUGAUGCACUUGGUCAGAAAAUAGAUCUUAUGGAACUCAGGGGUAACCGUCAUGCUAUCAUCAUCAGUCGCAAUCUCUCCUCACCAUUAGAUAUAGCUCUGGACCCUACAGUUGGGUUGAUGUUCUUCAGUGAUGCUGAUAAAAUUGACAGAGCUCACAUGGAUGGUUCUAACAGGAAAUCGAUUGUCAACUCAUUGAUUUACAAAGCCUCUGGCCUUACUGUUGAUUACAUUAACAAAUGGCUUAUUUGGUGUGACUCGCAGCUGGACCAGAUAGUUGCUGUCGACUAUGAUGGAAAAAACAGGCAUGCUAUCAUUAGAGGUAGUACCAAGGUCCCUUCUCCCAGUAGGCUGACAGUGUUUGAGAACUAUGUCUAUUGGACUGAUGGAACUAGACAGGGCAUUUUACGAACUCACCUUUUCAACAAUUCUGAAAUUGUCGAACCAAUUUAUCGUGAUCGUACACUUCUCAAGGAGCCUAAGGCUAUUAAGUCAUACCACCCUGUUCGCCAACCACCAGUGACCAAUCCAUGCGGUGUUAACAAUGGAGGUUGUGAACAUAUGUGUGUUGUGACUCGGAGUGCAGAGGAAUAUGGUCUCGGUUAUCGCUGUGUCUGUAGCAUUGGCUAUGAACUUUCACAGAAUGGGAAGUCUUGCAGCCAUGUGGAAGAAUUUCUUUUGUACUCUCAGCAAAAGUUUGUAAGGGGAUCCAUUCUUAACCCUGUGGAUGAGGGUUUUACUGAUGUCAUAGUACCAAUAGUUAGCAAAUCUGCCCGCUACGUUGGACUUGACUUUGAUGCUCGUCACAACUACAUCUAUUACUCUGAUGUGAUUCUAGAUGUAAUUUAUCGAAUCAACACUGAUGGAACAGGAAAAGAGAAUGUGCUUGCAUCUCAGAAUGAAGGUGUGGAAGGACUUGCUCUAGACUGGGUGUCCAACAAUCUUUACUAUAUUGACAGCAGAAAAGGAACUUUGAAUGUGAUCAGUGUGAACAACUUUCAAAACAGGAGAACAUUGAUCAGUAACUUGAAACGUCCUCGUGCAAUUGUGGUUCAUCCUAAUAGGGGCUAUCUUUUUUACUCUGAAUGGGAUCGUCCAGCAAACAUUAGCAGAGCAUUUUUAGAUGGAACAAACUCCAUGGUGUUCCGUGGUGUUCUCCUAGGCUGGCCCAAUGGUUUGAGUAUUGACUACUUGAAAGAUCGUCUCUAUUGGUGUGAUGCUUUACUUGAUCAUGUCCAGCAUGCUAAUCUAGAUGGCACAGAUGUCCAAACAAUAAAUUCUCCAAGAAUCAAACAUCCUUUUUCACUAGUUAUCCACAAUGAGUGGUUGUAUGUGACAGACUGGCGACUGGAUGCUGUUUUGAAGAUGAAUAAAAUUACGGGGGCAGAUGAGCAGAUAAUUACUGCUGUGGAGGAGGGAAGUCGCCUUUACGGAAUUAAAGUUUACAGCACAAAAAACCAGAAGAUAGAUUCUCGCCAUCCAUGCCGUGCGAACAAUAGCAACUGUGAAAAGUUUUGCUUUGCUGUGCCAACAAAUAACAGCGAAGCAUUAGAUCUUGAGGUUCGUUGUGGUUGCCCCUAUGGAGAAAAAUUGAAUGAAGAUGGUAGAAAAUGUGCAUCUGACCCAAGUGCUGAACCUCCUGUUAAAGCUUGCCCAAAUUCCUGGGAUUUCACAUGUGAUAAUAAACGUUGUAUUCCCAAUACAUGGGUUUGUGAUGGUGAUGAUGACUGUUUGGAUAAUUCUGAUGAAAUGCAGAACUGCACUCAGUCGACCUGUAGUACAAGAGAAUUCCAGUGCAGUAGUGGACGAUGUAUUCCAUUAUCAUUUAAAUGUGAUUCUGAUAAUGACUGUGGUGAUUAUUCAGAUGAAACUGGUUGUGUGAAUGUUACUUGUGAAUCGACAGAGUUUUCUUGUGAUAACGGUCGAUGUAUCCCACAAUCUUGGAAGUGUGAUUCGGAGAAUGAUUGCGGGGAUGGCUCAGAUGAAGGAGACUUUUGUGUGGAAAAGACCUGUGCAUAUUACCAGUUCACAUGUCCUGGAUCAGGACAUUGUAUUCCACAAAGCUGGGUUUGUGAUGGUGACAAUGAUUGUUUUGAUCAAGCUGAUGAACAGAACUGUCCUCCCAUUACUUGCACAUCAAGUCAGUUUCAAUGUGGGGAUCAGAAACAGUGUAUUCAUGAGAGUUACCAUUGUGAUGGGGUGUCUGACUGUCAAGAUGGCUCAGAUGAACUAGGAUGCCCAUCUGUUUCACCGAAUGAGUGUGAUCCAGAAAAGUUAUUCCAAUGCAAGACUUCAAGAAUUUGCAUCCCCCAUUCUUGGCAUUGUGAUGGUAAUAAUGACUGUGAGGAUGGGAGUGAUGAGCCAGAUAGCUGUGGAGAGGUUGACUGCCCCAUGAACAACUUCAGGUGCAAUAACUCUCGCUGUAUCUUUAAGUCUUGGAUCUGUGAUGGCAAUGAUGAUUGUGGUGAUGGGUCUGAUGAAGAUCACAGGCAUGCUUGUGGUCCUGCAUCUUUUGUUUGUCCAUAUGGUCAAUGGCAGUGUCCAAACAUCGCUGAGAGGUGUAUUAACAUUUCCCAGGUUUGUAAUGGCGAAAUAGAUUGCCCUAAUGGUGCUGAUGAAGGCCCCACAUGUAGUCUUGACCAAUGUAAGACAGAUAAUAAUGGAUGUAGCCAUAACUGCACUCAGACUCCUCUAGGGCCAAUCUGUCUUUGUCCACAGGGGGAGGUGUUGAAUGACACUACUACUUGUAUAGAUCUAGAUGAAUGUAUCACACCUGGCCGCUGUAGUCAAGAUUGUAUUAACACAAAAGGAUCCUACAAAUGUAUUUGUCAAGAAGGCUACAAGCUUACUGGUAAUCACCGCACCUGUAAAGCUGUUAACUGGACUGAUGCCUUUCUGGUUAUAUCUAACCGUCGUUCUAUUCUGAUGGCAAAUUUAAACACCACAAACCUUGAGCGAAUACCUAUUCAAGUUGAAAAUGUUGUUGCAACAGCAUCUGAUAUGGCAUCAGGAACCAUCUACUGGUCAGAUAUGACACUGAAGAAGAUAUAUCGUAUGAAGAAGGGUGGUGAACCAGAAGUGGUUCUUGGUAGUGGUUUGGACUUGGUUGAAGGACUGGCCGUAGACUGGGUAGGUAGGAACCUGUACUGGGUAGACUCUAAGUUAAAGACAAUGGAAGUUGCAACUUUAGAUGGAGAAAAUCACAUAGUAUUGUUGACGGAGAACAUUACCCAACCGCGAGGACUUUCCUUGGACCCCAGAGAAGGGAUUAGACUGAUGUUCUGGUCUGAUUGGGGGGAGAACCCUCGUAUUGAAAGUUCUGGAUUAGAUGGCUCCAAGAGACAUGUUAUUAUAAAUACCAAGAUAUUUUGGCCCAAUGGCUUGACCCUAGACAUUCCUAACAAACGGGUGUAUUUUGCUGACAGCAAACUAGACUACAUUGAUUUCUGCAAUUAUGAUGGUUCCGGGCGGCAACAAGUUAUUGCCCAUAAUCAUUACUUGCUUCAUCCCCACUCCCUUACUGUGUUCGAAGACACACUUUACUGGACUGAUCGUCAACUCAAUCGUGUACUUUCCUGCAACAAAUUUCAUGGUGUUAAUCAGACAGUUGUCUCUCACCUGGUCAGUCAGCCUCUUGGUAUACAUGCCAACCACCCAGUGUUGCAACCACUUUCCGUCAAUCCUUGCAAAUCGUCACCUUGCAGCCACUUGUGUCUGUUAUCUCCUACAGCCUCUAGUGGUUUCACUUGUCACUGUCCUCCAGGUUAUGGACAAGAUCGAGCAACUGGUAGCACAUGUAUUCCAGUUGAUACACCCUAUCUGAUGAUAAUGAAGAAGACCCAGAUUAUUGACAGAAGUCUCACACCAGGUGACAAAUCUUUGGGACAGUUUACCCCUGUUAUUGGAAUAGAAAAUGGUUACGACUUUGAUUUUGACAGAAAAGAUGGAAUCAUCUACUGGGUUCAGCUGGAAGUGGAUGAUAAAGAAAAUGGAACUGUGUACAAAGUUAAUUUGAAUGGUGGAAACUGGACCAAAUUUCUGCCUGAUGGAAUUGUUGGAGCACCUUACACUUUAGCUUAUGACUGGAUUGGUCGGAACCUUUACAUAGGGAACAGAAAAUCUUCAAAUAUUGAAAUUUUUAAAUCUGAUGGUGAAGAAAAUUUCCGAACAGUAAUUUUAACCAAUGAUGGAACAGAAAAAGGAGUUGCAAAGCCAAAAUCUAUGGCUCUUCAUCCUGAAGAAGGUAAGCUGUUCUGGUUGGAUGAAGGUGGGGUUGGUGUUCCCCCCAAACUGGGAAGAGUUGACAUGGAUGGAAAAAACAGCACAGUUCUUGUGAAGGAAAGGCUUCAUCAUCUGGAGGUUCUUUCUGUUGAUUUGGUGAACAAGAGAUUAUACUGGAGUCAAAGUUUUCCUGGCAUUGAAGUAAGAGGUGAGAUUGAAUCAGUCGAUUUUGAUGGUAACGACCGAAGGACCAUCAUUCCAGCAAAUGAGGGUAUCUCAAAACCACAAGGUAUAGCAAUCUACAACAACAGACUGUUUUACAUUGAUGUGAUUUAUGAAAAAAUCAUGAGAGUAAACCUACCAGAUGGCAGUAAUCCAACUGCCUUGGAUGAAAACAUGGACGAUUUGUGUACCUUGAAAGUCUACAAUAAGAAAUUGGGUGUGGCAAGUCACCCAUGUCAAAAGGGCAAUGGAGGAUGCCAACAUAUUUGUGUUCCUACAACAGCCACUGAACGUGCUUGUCUGUGUAGUACGGGAUACCACCAGAAAGAAACCACGAAGUGUGAAGCAUACACAUCGUUUGCUGUAGUUUCGGAGUUAGAUAAGGCCCGAGGAUACAGUUUGGAAGAUCAUAGUGAAGCCAUGCAGCCUAUAGCUGGUUCAGGCCACAAUAUCCUGCAUCUGGAUGUUCAUGUCGUGAAAAAUCACAUUUAUUGGGUGGAAUUUAAUCAAGGGAGUAGAAAUGGAAUUUAUCGAGUUACACCUGAUGGCACAGACCUUACCCAUGUGAUCUCUGAUGGAAUUGGGAGCAAUGGAAUUCGUGGUAUUGCUGUGGAUUGGUUAGCAGAAAAUCUGUAUUUCACCAAUGUGUUUCCGCAUGAGACUUAUGUAGAAGUGUGUUGGUUAGAUGGUUCCCAUCGCCUUGUCCUUUUGAAAACUACAACAGAUUCACCACGAGAGAUUGCUGUGAACCCUAUAAAACGAUUCCUGUAUUGGAUUGACUAUGGACAGUACCCCAAAAUUGAAAAAUCACUCUUGGAUGGAACAAACCGCACUCCAAUUGUCGUUUCUGGUAUUAGUAAUCCACGAGACUUGACAAUUGACAUUACAACUCAUAAUGUGUACUGGGUUGACUCCAGGGAAGAUGCCAUUCAGCGUGUGUCCUUUAGUGGUGGCAAAAGACAAUACAUUAGACGAAACUUGCCCAAUCCAAUGGGCGUAGCGGUAUUUGGAUUAGAUGUGUACUGGGUGGAUAGAAACCUUCGUACAAUAUUCAAGGCUACGAAACUUCCAGGAGACACAUCUCCCCCAAAAUCUGUCAAAUCUGAUUUGGACACAUUGAGAGAUAUUGCAAUCUUUGAUAAGAAUGCACAGCCUCCUGGUGGUGAAAACGUAUGUUCAAGGCAAGAAAGUGGAGUGUGUGAACAACUGUGUUUUGCAAUGCCAGAAGGAACUAAAGCAACAAAGAGGAAAUGUGCUUGUGCUUCGGGAGUACUGGCUGCUGAUGGUCGCUCGUGUGAAGACAUGAAAGAGUACUUGAUGUUCACCACUAGGCAAGAAGUCCGAAGUUUACAUUUGGACCCUAAAAUAACAAGUGUCCCUUUUCCUCCCAUAACAAACCUCACUAAUGUUGUGGGUUUAGACUUUGAUUAUCAGGACAAAAGGCUGUAUUACACACAGAUUCGUCCCGAUGGCAGGAUCUCCUGGGUUACCAUGGAUGACUUCAACACCGUCCACACACUGUUAGAAGAGGGCAUUAAUCCUGAAGGUGUGGCUUUUGAUUGGACAAGCAAGAAGAUCUACUGGACUGACUCUGGCAAUCACAGUAUUUAUGCUAUGAAUUUGGAUGGCUCAAAACUUGUAAUGAUAAUUCGUGUCGAACGACCCAGAGCUAUUGUUUUGGACCCAUGUCAAGGGUACAUGUACUACACUGACUGGGGUCGUUUUGGAAACACUGGAAAAAUCUAUCGAGCCACAAUGGCGGGAAACCAGAAAAAAGCCAUUGUGGAAGACAGUCUUAUUCAGCCAAGUGGUCUUACUAUUGAUUAUGAAGAUAAGAAACUUUACUGGACAGAUGCACUAAGAGAGAAAAUAGAGAGAUCUGAUCUUAAUGGGACCAACAGAGAAACACUGGUAUUUGCAACUAUCUAUCCAUUCGCAAUAACUGUGUUUGGAAAGUACAUUUAUUGGACUGAUCUUCAAUUGAGAGGAGUUUAUAGAGCUGACAAAUAUACAGGAGCUGGAAUGAUAGAGAUGGUCAAACGCCUGGAAGAAUCUCCACGAGAUAUUCACAUUUUUGCACCAGAUAGACAGAAGUGUAAAGAAAAUCCUUGUAGUUUGAACAAUGGAGGAUGUGCACACUCUUGCCAUCAGGCUCCUAAUGGAACAGUAGAAUGUUUGUGUAAUGCCACCUACAGAGUUGCCAAUGAAGGUCGGAUGUGUGUUGCAAAAAAUAUAAGCUGCGAUGAAAAUAAGUAUGCCUGUGGCAAUGGGAAAUGUAUUCCUCGCCUUUGGGCAUGUGAUGGAGAUGAUGACUGUGGUGAUAACACUGAUGAAGAUGAAAAGUUCUGUUCUCUUCAUACAUGCAGUCCAUCAGAAUUUCGUUGUGGAAAUGGCAGGUGCAUAUUCAAGACCUGGAAGUGUGAUCAUGAAAAUGACUGUGGAGACAGUACAGAUGAACAAGAUUGUGAGUAUCCACCUUGUCCUGAUGGUGAGUUCACUUGUGCCAACUUCCGUUGUAUACCCCAGUCUCAAGUAUGUAAUGGUGUCAAUGACUGUAAGGACAACAAGACAUCGGAUGAAAAUCAUAUUAACUGUCCUAACAAUAGGACAUGUCCUGGAAACCACUUAAAGUGUGAGACAACCAACAUCUGUGUUGAGCCCUACUGGUUGUGUGAUGGAGACAAUGACUGUGGUGACAAUUCAGAUGAGAACUCAUUCCUCUGUUCCCAGAGAUCUUGUCCUGCAAACAGUUUCAGGUGCACCAACCAUAGAUGUGUCCCUGCUACAUGGUACUGUGAUGGUGAUGAUGACUGUGGAGAUGGUGCAGAUGAACCAAGCGACUAUUGUGAGAGUGAAAAGAGAACAUGCUUUGGUGAUUUAUUUACUUGUGAUAAUGGAAAUUGCAUCCCUCGCAUCUACAUCUGUGAUGGUGAUAACGACUGCUUAGAUAAUUCUGAUGAAGAUAAACGUCAUCAGUGUGACACUCGUGAAUGUGACUCGGAGAGAGAAUUCACGUGCAGCCAGAACAAACAAUGGGGUCGUGCUGUUUGUAUUCCAAAGAGGUGGGUCUGUGAUGGAGAUCCUGACUGUGUUGAUGGGGCUGAUGAGAAUGUCACACUCAACAACUGCCCAACCCCUGAACCCUGUGAGGCUGACCAGUAUCAGUGUAGUAACUACCGGUGUAUCAGCAAAGACUGGGUUUGCGACCAUGACAACGAUUGUGGGGAUGCAUCUGAUGAGCCUAAAAACUGCACUUUUCCAACAUGCUCUGCUGAGGAAUUCUCCUGUCGUAAUGCCAAAUGUAUCCGUAAGACCUACCAGUGUGAUGGUGAAGAUGAUUGUGGGGAUGGAAGUGAUGAGUCAGCAGAUGAGUGCACCACUGAAGAACCAACUUGUUCUGGAGCUCAGUUUCUUUGUAAGAGUGGAAUGUGUAUUGACUAUGAACGAGUGUGCAACAAGCAGGAAGACUGUGAUGAUGGCUCUGAUGAACCUCCUCACUGUAAUGUUGAUGAAUGUGCUAAGGUUGAGUCAAAUCAGUGUGAGCACAAGUGUGUAAAUACUCUUACUGGAUUCUACUGUGAGUGUAACGAAGGCUACCAGUUGAUGAAAGAUGGUAAAGCCUGUCAAGACAUUAAUGAGUGUACUGAGAAAGGGGGCAUUUGUUCCCAGUAUUGUUUUAAUACACCAGGAUCCUAUUACUGCAAGUGCAAUGAUACGUAUUAUGAACGAGAAUUAGAUUCUCACAAAUGCAAACGGAAAGAUGAUAUCACUCCCUGGAUUAUCUUUGGUAAUCGUUAUUAUCUCCGCAACAUGAGUGUCGAUGGUUCACAGUACAAUCUUAUCAAGAUGGACCUACGUAAUGUGGUGGCCCUUGACUUUGAUUAUCGGGAAGAAAGAUUGUACUUUUGUGAUGUGGGAAAUAAAACAAUUGGUAGGAUGUUUAUCAAUGGAACAAAUGUAGAGACAAUUAUCCAUCACAAUACCAAUGGGUUAGAAGGUCUAGGAGUAGACUGGAUUGGAAGAAAAAUCUACUGGCUAGAUAGGACCUCUAAGCAGUUGUAUGUUGCUGAACUUGAUGGAACCAAUAGGAAAACCUUACUUGGAAGAGGUAUCUCUGAUCCUCGGGCCUUAACUGUACAUCCAGGCAUUGGGUAUCUAUACAUGACUGACUGGGGUCAUCACGCUUUCAUUGGCCGAAUCGGGCUGGAUGGAUCCAACUUCUCUCGACUGAUAACCUAUGAAGACAAGCUGGUGUGGCCAAAUGCUCUCACCAUUGACUAUUUCAGCAACAAAAUUUUCUGGGCAGAUGCUCACUUAGACUAUAUCGAAUUUGCUGAUUUGGAUGGUAAGAAUCGACACACUGUUAUCCAUGGAAAAACGGUACCACAUGUGUUCUCUCUUUCGAUAUUUGAUGACGUCAUGUACUGGACUGACUGGAACAUGAAGGGACUUUACAAAGCUCUCAAGUUCACUGGAGAGAACAUUCAGGUCCUGAGGAAUACAUCACAUAGGCCAUACGACAUUCAUAUUUAUCACCCAUUGAGACAGUUACCAUAUCCUAACCCAUGUGAGACAAAUAACGGAGAAUGCAGCCACUUGUGCCUACUUUCACCUGGUGGUGGUCGUACUUGUGCUUGUCCCGAUCAGUUUGUUCUUCUCAGUAGUGGUAAAACCUGUAUAGCCAACUGUACAAGUGGACAGCAUCGCUGUAGUGGCGGUGAUGAUAGAUGUAUUUCUAUAAUGUGGCGUUGCGAUGGCAAAAAUGAUUGUAGGGAUGAAUCUGAUGAAAAGAAUUGUCCUCCAUUCUUUUGUAAAGUAGGCCAGUUUCAGUGCCAAAACAAUCAGACCUGUAUUUCUCGGCUGCAAGUCUGCGAUGGAAAUAAUGACUGCGGAGACAACUCUGAUGAAAAAUAUUGCAACCUUCCCUGUGGGGAACACAGCAUCAAGUGUAACGAUACUGGCCGUUGUGUUCCUCAAUCUUGGCAGUGUGAUGGAGAUGAUGAUUGCUCAGAUGGAUCAGAUGAAGAUCCCGCUGUAUGUCAUCAUCAAGAGUGUGACCCUGAAACACAAUAUCGAUGUAAAAAUGGAAAAUGUAUUCCUAAGCUUUGGUAUUGCGAUUUUGAUGAUGACUGUGGUGAUGAUUCGGAUGAGCCAGCUCAUUUAUGCCGAAACCGUAAUUGCACACAAGGCUGGCAGAAGUGUCCAACCCGCAGUAACUAUCGGUGCAUUCCCACAUGGCUUUUCUGUGAUGGAAAAGAUGAUUGUCGAGAUAAUUCAGAUGAGACAAAUCCUGAAUAUUGUCCUAAGUGUCAUGAAACUGGUGAUUUCAAGUGUAAAAACAAGAAAUGCAUUCCCUUGAGGUGGCGCUGUGAUUUCGAAGAUGACUGUGGAGAUAAAUCUGAUGAAGAUGAAACCAUGUGUGAAAACCUUUAUAGAGAUUGUUCAGAAAGUGAAUUUCAAUGUGAUAGCAAGAAAUGUAUUCCUUCACGCUGGCGAUGUGAUCAUGAUGAUGAUUGUGAUGAUGGAAGUGAUGAAAAGGAUUGUCUGAAUUACCAGUGUAAGGAAAACCAGUUUAAAUGCCAGAGUGGCCACUGCAUUGAUUCAAAGCUUGUGUGUGAUGGGAGAAAAGACUGCCAUGACCUAUCGGAUGAACAAAACUGUGCAACCCGAUACCCUGGAGGUCGAUAUUGUCAAGAUACGUACUUCGAAUGUAACAAUACUGUAUGUUUACAGUUUGACUUUGUCUGUGAUGGUGAGGACGAUUGUGGAGAUUCAUCAGAUGAAAAGGAGGACAUAUGCCGAGAUUACAAGUGUGACACAAGCCGGCAGUUUCAGUGCUGGAACCAUCGCUGCAUUCCAAGGUGGAAACUUUGUAAUGGGGAUGACGACUGUGGUGAUGGUUCAGAUGAAAACAAUCACACUUUGUGUCACACUCCACCUGUUAAAUGUGAAAAUACAGAGUUCCAGUGCUUGAAACAGAAAUGUAUCCCACAUUCCAAAGUAUGUGAUCACAAAGAUGACUGUGGGGAUAUGUCUGAUGAAAAUGGAUGUCAUACAGGUACUUGUGACACUGUAACGCGUGGUGGCUGCAAACACAACUGCACAGCUCUGGAAAAAGGAGGAUACAUUUGUGUGUGUCCUAAAGGAUAUAAAGUUAUGGAAAGUAAUCCCAAACAAUGUGAAGAUAUUGACGAAUGUGCAAAGUUUGGUCACAACUGCUCCCAGAUAUGCACAAACUACAAUGGAACCUACAGAUGUUCCUGCAAGAAGGGUUUUAAGGCGUAUCUUGGUGGAUGUGUAGCAGGAGAUCCUCCAGCUGUUGUAAUGAUAGCAAGUGGUUCAGAAAUUCGUAUGUUGGAUGAACAAAAUAGGAGACAAUCUUCCUUGAUCCAAGAAGAGAGUCAGAUUUUUGCUAUUGACUAUGAUCCAAUACAUAAUAUUGUGUACUGGACUGAUACUUCUGAUAAAACUAUUAAAAGGUCAUUCAUUCCUAAUCCAAGUGAUCCCAACGAUGGAACUGGUUAUCCUCAGAAUCUAGAAGUAAAAGGUCUUGCAAAGCCUAGUGCUAUAGCUGUGGACUGGACUGCAGGUAAUCUUUACUGGAUGGAUACAGAUUUAUCUGGAAACCGCCCUCAUGGAAGGAUCUUUGCCAGUUUGUUAGAUGGACGAUAUAGGUUGGCCAUCAUCUCUACAGGUUUAGAACAUCCAGAUUCAUUAGCCUUGGACCCUGAACUUGGUAAGCUCUUCUGGACUGAUGCUGGGUCUUCGCCUAAGAUCGAGUCAGCAUGGAUGGAUGGCUCUAGACGAAAGAUGCUGGUGAAUGACAAACUAGGAUACCCUAGUGGGAUAACAAUAGACUAUGAAGGGGGUCAUCGACUAUACUGGUGUGACUCAAAGCUGAACACUAUUGAGUCUAUGAAAGUUGAUGGAAGUGACAGGGUGACUGUGAUUAGUGGAGACCUUAUACACCCAGUCAGUUUAGAUCUCUUUGAAGACCAUUUGUUUUGGGUAACACGAUCUGGAGCAAUUUACAAACAGGAUAAAUUUGGCAGGGGUAUUAAAGUCAGAGUUCGUCGGGAACUUCAGAACCCUACUGAUGUGAAAAUUUAUCAACCCAGCAAGUACAACACCUCAGUUGAAAACCGUUGCAAGAACACUGGUUGCACUCACCUGUGUUUGUUGAUUCCAAGAGGCCAUCGGUGUGCUUGUCCCGAUGGUUCAGCAAUUCAGGAAUCAAAGCAGCUGUCUUGUAAUGCAGCCAUGGAAAUUCCCAAACCUCAGCCAUAUCACUGUCCAUGCAAGAAUGGUGGAGUGUGUCAUCAAGGUCCCCAAAAAAUUGUGUGUAAAUGUCAAAAAAAUUUCAAUGGUAUCCAUUGUGAGAACUAUCUAGGACGAGAACCAGUACCAACUAAGUCUUCUACAGUAGAUAUUGCAGCCAUCAUUGUCCCAAUCUUUGUCAUUCUGAUUGUGUUGCUGUUAGCUAUUGGAAUUUUUCUCAUCAUACGUAGAAGUAACUUUAAACAAGGUGGUUUGAGUGGUAGCAACCAAAGUGUAUCUUUCCGAAGUGGCACAAAUGUAGAGUUUUCCCCAACCUUCAUGAGAAAUGGACCUCAGGAUACUGCUAACGGGGAACCACUGGAUGCUGAGUUUAACCUUGGUGAUGUUAAUAAGCCUACAGAUUUUAGUAAUCCUAUGUACGAUGCUGUGAAUCUGGAGGCUGGUAAAGGAGGCGGACUUUACGAGGUACCAGCUGAGGUGGUUAACAAGAAAUUACCUUUAAAAUCCAACAAUAAACCGAGCACAGAGUCUGCUGUUUUGUCACCAUCUAGUAUCAUUCAGCAUUCUUCGCCACAGGUCCAGGUUCGACAGACGGCACUGGACCCUACGUCUGUGGACACUGGCAAAGACACUCAAAAGUUGGUAGAAGAAGAUAAGUCUGAAUGUUAAAAACAUUUUUAAACUUCCAUCACACCAUAAAAACCAUCCCUUCCUUUAAACUCACUGUAUGUUCAGCACUGUGAGUGAUAGCCAGAAACAGACUAUAAACUGGCACAACUUCCAUACAAACACUAGAAGUUUUUGGGAGGUUAUCAUCAACCUGUAGAAGUGGUUAUGGUCAAUGAAUCUUUUCUACUAAACACAGGUCAAAAAACAUUCCAUUAAUAGAUGUAAAUAAUGAGAGAUUGCUCAGGCACUUGGAGAGAGAGAGAUAUAUAUAUAUGAAUAUUGGAACAGUGUAAAUUGCAUGUUCUUUUUAACAGAUUAGGUUAAGGUUACUUUAUUAUACAAAAUGUCUUACAAUGAUUUUCUGGUUUUUAGCUGCAGGGUUCUAAUGUCACAUAGACACUAUGCAAAUAAGGGUUUUAUUUUUCAUUUAAAGUAGUUUACAGUUAGUUUUAAAAACUGUUGUAUACAGGUUAUUAGUUUUUGUACCUGAUGUUUAUUGCAUAAAAUCUUCACAUGGCAACUAUGUUACAAUCAAAUUUUAAGCAAAAAGAGGUUGGAAUAUCCAUUCCAUGGUGUGCCAAGGAACAGGUUAAAGGAAUUUUUGUCUUAAUGGUUCUGUGGGUAUUCCAUUCAAAAUCUUUAACUACAUUGUUUUAAAAGUCAAAGUUAACCCACACUUUCUUGUAUAGCUUUUUUCUUUAAUUGUUGUACACACAUUUACACCAUUAUUGUGGUUAAAGUGAGCCGUCCAUUUCAGUGUGUUUGUAUUUAAGUUGGGAUAGGAGGGAUGAGGGUAAUCCUGUGAUUUUUCAUAUAAUUUAAAUCAGAAUCUACUUUAGCUAUUCUCUCCACCAGCACCUGCCUGAUAACACCAUCUUCAUGCUAAAUCGUACAUAUUUCACCCUUGUGUUCACUAUAUAGAAGC